AUGGCUGUGUGGAAGGCCGAGCGGCUGGGUGGGCUCCAGCGGGGGGACCUGCUCACGCCCCCUGCCCUCAGGGGGGACCGGUGCACAGUCCCCCGUGGCCAGCCCCCCAGGGUCCAGCUGUACUGCCAGGCCUGCCUGGUCACCUGCGGCUCUCAGGAGGCCUUUGAGAACCACUGUUCAUCACUGGAGCAUGCACAGAUGGUGGCCUUUGACCAGGCUGUGCCCUGGGAGCACCGCUCCCCACCCAUGGGGCUCUCCAAGUUUGAGCUCUGCCCAAGGCCUGACCUCUGUGAGUAUGGGGAUGUCUGCACCAAGGCACACUCGACACAGGAGCUGGAGGAAUGGGUCCAGAGGGUGCAGGCCCUAGAGCUGCGGAAGCAGGCAGCCUGGCACGAUGGGCUGGUGCCCUACCAGGAGCGGCUGCUGGCCGAGUACCAGUGCAGCAGCAGCAAGGCCUGGGUGCUGGCAGAGACCAUCGAUAGGGUAUCCAUCACCUGCAACCAGCCCCUGGUGCAUCAGGGCCGGGAGAAGAAGACCCAGCACAGCUGGACAUUCACCAUCCACUCUGAGGACUCCCUGUUACAUGUGGCCCUACUCAAGCAGGAGCCAGGAGCAGACUUCUGGCUGGUGGCCCACUGCCUCCCACCAGGCCGGCUCUAUGCAGAGGGGAAACGCUUCUGUGUGCCCAAUUCCCCGGCCAACUUCCAGGUAGGGGUGCAGGUGCAGACCCACUCCUUCGGCACCUUCGAGCAGUGGGUGGUCUUCGACUUUGGCCGCCGGCCAGCGCUGCUUCGGAAGCUGGGGCUGCAACUGUGCCAAGCACACUCCCCAGGGACCUGGGGGAGGCCUGUGCAUAGCCACCCCGAGGAGCCGGAGUGCUGGCACAUUGGCAACCGCCGCGUGGUGCCUGGUGUGCAGCGGACAGCUGAACAGGCUGCCCUGAUGGCCAAGUACAAGGCUCCCGCCCUGGCCCUGGAGUUUGGCCGUAGUGGCCUGGCCUCAGGCCCCAUCUCUCGCACCAACUACCGGCAGAGGCUGCACCAGUUUCUCUUUGAGGAGGAGGCAGCUCAGCAGAAGCUGGUAGCCCAGCUGGCCUUGCGGGGCCAGGUGUCCCUGAAGACGGCACUGCAGACACCAGCCCUGGGCAUGCUCUUUGCGCCUCCAGGAGCCCUCUAUGCUGAGGUCCCUAUCCCCUCCUCCAUGACACCGGACACAAACCAGGGCUACCUGCUGAGCCGGGCGGUCAGCACAGCGCUCGUGGCCCCUGUGCCCGCGCCUGACAACACAGUGUUCGAGGUGCAGCUGGAGACACGGGCCAGCUCAGAGCAGGUGCUGUGGCUGCUGCUGCCGGCCAACUGCUGCCGGGCCCUGGGGCUGCAGCCCGAGGCCAGCCCCAGCUUGGAGGUGCAGUUCCAGAUUGACCCGCUGACCUUCUGCUUCUGGCACCAGGCAGUGGACAGGCUGCCCGAGGAGAGACUGGUGGUGCCUGACUUGCCCACCUGUGCCCUGCCCCGCCCUCGGCCUGUCUUGCCCUCGCUACGUGGAAACCGCAAGCAGAAGCUGGCCAUGGCUCUCAUUGCCGGGGGCAGCCCUGGGGGCGCGAAGCUCGUGCCCCCACUGCUCAUCUAUGGCCCUUUUGGCACUGGCAAGACCUACACACUGGCCAUGGCCUCCCUGGAGGUCAUCCGGCAUCCCCACACCAAGGUGCUCAUCUGCACACACACCAACAGUGCCGCCGACAUCUACAUCCAGGAGUAUUUCCACAGCUAUGUCAGCAGCGGCCACCCUGAGGCGGCUCCGCUCCGGGUGAUGUACACGGACCGCCCACCAAGCCAGACGGACCCCACCACACUACGGUACUGCUGCCUGACUGAGGACCGCCGUGCCUUCCGCCCACCAACAGGGGCAGAGCUGGAGCAGCACCGUGUGGUGGUCACCACCACCUCCCAGGCCCGCGAGCUCAGGGUGCCCCCUGGCUUCUUUUCACACAUCCUCAUUGAUGAGGCGGCCCAGAUGCUGGAGUGCGAGGCCCUCACCCCCCUGGGCUAUGCCUCACCCGGCACCCGCGUGGUGCUGGCGGGCGAUCACAUGCAGGUCACGCCCCGGCUCUUCAGUGUGGCCAGGGGCAAGGCAGCCCAGCACACGCUGCUUUACCGCCUCUUCCUGCACUACCAGCAGGAGGUGCACGAGGUUGCCCAGCAGAGCCGCCUUAUCUUCCAUGAGAACUACCGCUGCACUGAGGCCAUCAUCAGCUUCGUUUCGCGCCACUUCUACAUGGCCAAGGGCACCCCCAUCCAAGCCAGUGGCAAGGUCCCACGCCACCCCCGACACUACCCACUCAUGUUCUGCCAUGUGGCUGGCAGCCCUGAGCGGGACAUGUCCAUGACGUCCUGGCUCAACCUGGCUGAGAUCUCCCAGGUUGUGGAGAAAGUACAGGAGGUCUACAACACCUGGCCCCACUGCUGGGGCGUCCGGGAGCAGAGACACAUCUGUGCUGUCUCCCACGGUGCCCAGGUCAGGGCGCUGCGGCAGGAGCUGAGGAGGAAGCACCUGGGCGAGGUGUCUGUGGGCAGCUUUGAGACACUGCCAGGGCGGGAGUUCCGGGUUGUGGUGCUGAGCACCGUCCACAACCACGACAGCCUGCUCAGCCCUGGGGCACCAACCGUGGAGUUCUUCACAGACGCCCGGGUGCUCAACACAGUCCUGACCCGUGCCCAGUCCCAGCUGGUGGCUGUGGGGGACGCCGUGGUCCUCUGCUCCUUCGGGGCCUGCAGCAAGCUCUGGAAGAGCUUCAUCCGUGAGUGCGUGGAGCACCACAGCGUCUGCCCCGAGGGCCUGUCACUAGAGCAGAUUGAGCAGGGCGUGGCCCAGAGGCAGCGCUGGCACCACUGGGGCGGUGGCCAGCAGCCCCCAGCCGUCAUAGAGGAGGGAUGUGUGGCAGCGUCUCGGGACGCUGCCCCAGAGGAGGCCGCAAGGGGCCCGGCCCCGGAGCACACAGCUGUGAUGAAGGUCCUGCCGGAGGCUGUAGACCGGGGGGUCACAGUCACAGUGAAGACAGAGGCAGGGGACAUGGCUGUGGGGGGCCAAGCAACAAGGGAGGCAGCCCGAGUGCAGAUGGAGGCGGGGGAAGCAGCCUCAGCAGAGAACCCCACGAAGCAGGGCACUGCCCACGAGAACCUGGAGCCUGGAGCAACCACCACAGAGGGUGGGGAGCCUGAGGACCCCGAGGACUUGGAGUCUGACUUCUGGCCUUCGGAUGGGGAGCUCAAUGCCGAUGAUGCCAUCCUGCAGGAGCUUCUGGAUGAGAGCAAGAAGGUGACGGUGACUGUGGGGGAGGACGGGCUGCUGGACACUGUCACCAGGCUCGAGUCCCCGCAGCAGGCCCGGCAGUACACAAGCCGGCCCUCAGUUGUGCUAAAGCAGCUGCUGCGUAAAGAGCCUGAGGUGUACCGCCGCUGCGCCUUCACACAGGAAACCUUCGAGCGGGCGCUGGCCGUCCCGCUGGAUGACGCAGGCUCUGGCCCCAUCCAGGUCAGGGGCCGCCUGAACUGCGGGAUGGCCUUCACUGGGGACGAGGUGCUGGUGCAGGUCCUCAGCAGAGCCACGAGCGACAGGGGCCCAGCGGGACGGCUGCAGGGCCGCGUGCUGGGCAUACUGAAGCGGAGGAAGCGGGAGCUGGCAUUCGUGUGCCGGAUGGAUGAUUGGGACCCCCGAAUCAUGAUCCCCAUUGAUUUCUCCGUGACCAAGAUCUUUGUGGCUGAGAUGAAGGACCCCCUGCAGGUUCCCAUCCACUGCUUCUGCCAGGGCCGGGUGCAGCGCGUGAGAUACGAGAGGCUCACAGCUGACAGCCGGCGCAACCGGCUCUUCUGGGUCCGCAUCGUCCUGUGGCGGGAGUGCUUCUAUUAUCCCCUGGGCAUCAUCCUGGAGGUGCUGCCUGAAGCCAGCACCUGGGAGCAGGGCCUCCGGGUCCUUGACCUGGAGUACGGCCUGAGUCACCCCCUGCCAGACCCAGCCUCUGUCUCCAAGGUGCUGCAGAAAUACCGUGCAGAGCUUGGCCAGGCUCCCGGCCACCGAGAAGACUUCCGCAGCUUCCUGACCUUCACAGUGGACCCACAGGGCACCCGUAACCUGGACGAUGCUCUCAGUGUCCGGGACCUGGGCCCUAGGUACGAGGUGGCAGUGCACAUCACUGACGUGGCCAGCUUCGUGCCCAGGGAUGGGACGCUGGACGUGGAGGCCCGCAAGCUGGGUACUGCCUUCUAUGCCCCCGACAGGGAGCCAGUGCCUAUGCUGCCAGCCAGUCUCUGCCGGGAUGCACUCAGCCUCCUGCCCGGCCAGGACCGCUUCACCAUCUCCCUCUUGCUCACUGUGGAGAAGGGCAGCGACCAGCUCAAGAGCCUGCGCUUUGCACCUUCCAUAGUCUGCUCUGACCACCAGCUGUCCUAUGAGGAGGCUGAGGAGAUGAUCAAGGGGUACCCAGGGGGCGGCCUCACUCUGCCUGCUGGCCUGGACUCUGUGGAGGCCUGCAUCGCGGCUGCCUACUACCUCUCCCGGGUACUGCGCCGGCGCCGCCUGCAGGCUGCCUGCCACUACGAGCAGCCGGAUGAGGACAGUGCUCUGGGCUUCCGUGCAGCGCACGCCAUGGUCAAAGAGUACAUGGUCCAGUUCAACAGCCUCGUGGCUGGAUUCCUGCUGGGCAGUGAAUACACGCGCACAGUCACACCGCUGAGGUGGCAGCCACCACCAAGUGGCCACCAGCUUACGGCCGUGUGUGAGAAGCACAGGGAACUGGUGCCCCUGUCGCUGCACCUUCGUCACCACCUGCGUGGCUACACAGGUGUUGGCCCCCCCGACACAAAGCUGCGUGUGCUGGGCUCCCUGUGGAGACACGUCCAGGUUGCUGCCCGCACCCACGACUAUGACCAGAUGGUGGACCUGGUCACCACGGAUGACAUGCACCCCUCACUGGCUCCUGCGAGCCUCGACUUCCGAAAGGCCCUGACCCGCGCAGUUUUUGGCUGCUCUGGCCAGGGUGAGAGGCAGCUGGUUGGCCACUACUCGCUGAGGGUGGACUGGUACACGUGGGCAACCUCACCCAUCCGCAGGUACCUGGACGUGGUCCUGCAGCGGCAGAUCCUACUGGCACUAGGCCAAGGGGGCUCUGCGUACUCUGCCAGGGACAUUGAGGGGCUCUGCCAGGACUUCAGCCGCCAGCUUGCACGUGCCCAGAGCUAUCAGCGGCAGGCUUACAGCCUGCACCUGGCCACACAGCUCAAGGCCCAGCCUCGUGACAAGCUGGGCUUCGUGGUGGACGUGGAGAUGGGCACCCGCUGCUUUAAGCUGCUCUUCCCUGCCAACCGAGAGACCCUGCCUGACCCCUGCCCUGUCCAUUACCGCUUUCUGCAGCUGGCUGAACACCCCCGUGCCCUGGUGAGCCGGCCAGGCCUGCAGCUUGUGUGGCGCCGCCGCAUCUACUCAGUGCAGGCAUCCAAAUUGCCCUCCCUGCUGCCUGGCACCGUGUUCGACCCACAUGCCAGGACCAUGGACGCAGCCCUGUGGAGACAGCUGCUGGAGCUGGUGCAGGAGGAGCGCUGGCCAGAGGCAGCUGCCCUUAUCCAGGAGCAGGGUGAGAGAGAGCCGCAGAGGCGGGAGCUGGCACAGGUGCGGCAGAGCCACUGCGGCCACUUCCUGGAGGUGGUCCAGGAGCUGGGCAGGGGGGACACGCUGCAGGUGCAGCUCAGCGCCAGCCUGCAGCAUGGCUUCCUGGUGCCAACCCUGCAGCUGUGGACUGUGGUGCCUGGCCUUAGCCUCUGCCUGGAGCAUGUGGGGAGGCCUGGUGACUGCUUUUCAUGCCACGCACACCAGGCGUCGCGGGACCAGUACCGCGAUGUGGACGAGUAUGCCCACGUGUGGGAGCCGUUCUGUGCCCUGGAGUCGGUCACCAACACGGUCACCAAGAAUGAUUCCAUCACGCUGCAGCAUGUGAGGAUUUCUUGGGAUGCGGAGAGGACGCCGCAGGGACAGCUGCAGGGUGCCUUCCAUCUGGACUCCACUUUUCUCCAGGAAAAGUGCAUCAACAUCAACUUCAGAAGCUGCUACCUCUGCAUCCGGCUCGAGGGGCUGCCGGCCCCCCCAGCCAGCCAGCCCUGUGGGCCCAGCAGCCUCCGCCCCUUCCUGAGCAUCGACCCCAGCACGUAUACCUGGGUGGCCCACGGGGUUACAGAGCACGGGGACCAGGAGGGCCAGACAGAGCAGCAGGAGGCCCUCAGUCAGGUGUGCUUCUUCAUCCACCACAUGGCCACGGAGAAGGUUCCGGAAGAGGUGCUGAGGCUCGGCACCGAGUUCACUGUGGAGGUGCUGCCCAAGCAGCUUCCCGACCUCCGCAAGGAAGAAGCUGUGCGCGAGCUGGAGGGGGUGUCCCCGCUGGUCCUCAGCAUUGCCCUGGGCCAGCCUGUGCCCCAGCAGCUGCUCUGCAGAGUGACUCCCCGCAGGUUCCUGGAGCGAGAAGCCUACGACAUCCCUGGAGGAUGCCACAAGCUGAAUCCCAGCCAGAAUGGGGCCAUCAAGGAGGCACUGGAGAAGCCAUUCACCAUCAUCCAGGGCCCCCCAGGCACAGGGAAGACGGUCGUGGGCCUCCACAUCAUAUUCUGGUUCCACAAGUCAAACCAGGAGCAGGUGCAGCCCAGCAGUGCCCCUGAUGGAGAGCAGCAGCUGCGGGGGCCCUGCAUCCUGUACUGCGGACCCUCCAACAAGUCGGUGGACGUCAUGGCAGGACUGCUCCUGUGCAGGAGGGAGGAACUGAAGCCACUCCGUGUGUACAGCGAACAGGCUGAGGCCACUGAGUUCCCAGUGCCAGGUGUGGGCAGCCGGGGCCUGCCCAGGAAGACACCUCAGGAGGGGAGGCCCAACCAGGCCCUCAGGAGCAUCAGCCUGCACCACCGGAUCCGACAGCCCUCCAACCCAUACUCGAAACACAUCAAGGAGUUUGAUGCCCGGCUUCAGAAGGAGGAAAUCUUCUCUAUGGAGGACCUCAUCUUGUACAGGAUUAUGGUGGGGAAGGCACGGAAGUUUGAGCUGGAUCGGCACACGGUCAUCCUGUGCACGUGCUCCUGUGCGGCAUUGGCAAGCCUCAGAAAGCUGGAUGUCCAGCAGAUCCUCAUUGACGAGGCAGCCAUGGCCACAGAGCCUGAAACCCUCAUCCCUCUGGUGCGCUUCUCCCAGGCCAAGAAGGUGGUUCUCCUCGGUGACCACAAGCAGCUGCGGCCUGUGAUCAAGAACGAGCAGCUGCAGAACCUGGGGCUGGACCGGUCUCUCUUCGAGCGGUACCACAGGGAUGCCUACAUGCUGGACACACAGUACCGCAUGCACGAGGGCAUCUGUGCCUUCCCCUCCAUGGAGUUCUAUGAGAGGAAGCUGAAGACCUGGCAGGGCCUGAAGCAGCCACCCAGUGUUCUAGGCCAUGCUGGCAAGGAGAGCUGCCCAGUCAUCUUUGGCCAUGUGCAGGGCCAUGAGCAGAGCCUGCUCGUGUCCACAGAUGAAGGGAACGAGAACUCCAAGGCCAACCAGGAGGAGGUGGCAGAGGUGGUCCGAAUCACCAAGCAGCUGAUCCUAGGCAGGACAGUGGACCCCAGGGACAUCGCCAUCCUAACACCUUACAAUGCACAGGCCACCGAGAUCAGCAAGGGCCUCUUGCGGGAGGGCAUCACUGGAGUGACUGUGUCCUCCAUCACCAAGAGCCAGGGGAGUGAGUGGCGCUAUGUGCUGGUAAGCACCGUCCGUACCUGCCCCAAGAGUGACAUGGACCAGCGGCCGACCAAGAGCUGGCUCAAGAAGUUUCUGGGCUUCAUCGUGGACCCCAACCAAGUGAACGUGGCCAUGACCCGGGCCCAGGAGGGGCUCUGCCUGAUCGGAGACCACUUCCUCCUCCGCUGCUGUCCUCUCUGGAGUCGUCUCCUGGACUUUUGUGAGGCCCAGAAGAGCCUUGUGCCUGCUGGCCAGGUGCGGGUCCAGAGGAGGCCAGCCUUGUCUUCCUGA